GUAUUACAGUAGUGUUGGAUAUGCUAACAGUCUGGUUCACAAUGUUGCAGAGAAGAAACUAAUCCCUGAUCGUAAACUUUCUACAGAGAAACCCCUAGCAAGCUUUAACGAGACUCAGGUAGAAGAUGGAGUCAGGAGGAUUUCUAUUCUAAACCGGAAACAGUCUACUGACCGUAAUUCUUCUCCUGACCGGAAACCAUCUGCUGACUUCCAAUCUACUGACCGGAAACAAUCUAUUGACCGGAAGUCAUCUCCUGACCGGAAACCAUCUGCUGACUUCCAAUAUGAUCGGAAACAAUCUACUGAAUGGAGACCGUCUCCUGAGCAGAAACGAUCCCUUAACAAUGGGUUCUCUAUUGAUAGGAAGUCAUCCCAAGACAAUAUUGUUGAUUUACACUUUAAAGAGGAUCGAGUAGACGGAAGAAAGGAGAGUACUUCAAAUCUUACAAGCAAAACUAAAAUUAGUUCAGCCCCUGAAAUGGAUGCCUCUUCAUUUAGCAAAGACAAAUGCUUUAAAUGUGGAGAUCUGGUUGAUUACGGUGCCAUUUUAGCCAUGAACCGUGCAUAUCAUAAGGGAUGCUUUCAAUGUACGGACUGUGGAAAAGUCUUGCAGGCCAGGUUUAACUCCAUGAAAGACUCUCCUUACUGUGAUAACUGCUUUGAGGAGAAUGGAGAAAGAUGUUCUAAAUGCCAGGGUUUAAUAAUUGGAGAUUCUUUGAAGUCUGGAGACAAGUACUUUCACACUUACUGCAUGAAGUGCAGUAUCUGUGAGGUAGAAUUGACCGGAACUUACUUUACAAGCGGAAACAACUUCAUCUGUGAGAAGGACUACAAGGCAAGUUUGGAGGCGUGUAGUGUUUGUGGAACCACGCUAACUGGUGGAUUUUACAAGAUCAAUGAUAAACCGUUUUGUGACAAGGAUUAUAAAAAACAACUUGCUGCUUGUGGAAUAUGUGGAGGAGGAGUUGAAGGAAAACUUCUAAAGCUUGGAGAUCAAGUUUUUCAUCCAACCUGUUUCAACUGCACGGUGUGCGGGAUGAACCUGGCCGGGGUCUCCUUCUCCCAGGAUGAGGAUCAGAAGGUGUACUGUACUAAGGACUUCCAGAGGAAGUAUGCUGCUAAGUGCAGUGGAUGCGGAGAACCUAUAGUUCCUGGACCUGGAGAGACGACUGCAGAACGGGUUCGAGUUCAAGGAUCUGACUUUCAUCCAUCUUGCUUUAAAUGCCAGGAUUGCAGCCUCGUGUUUGACAGUAGGAAACCCGGUCAUGAAUGUUAUCCCCUGGAUAAAUUGUUCCUCUGCAAGCCGUGUAAUAUUCAACGUUUAAACCAGUUGUAAUCGGUUCAAAACGAUCAUAUUUUUUGGGAUAAAAAAAUAUCCUUAAAAACAUUGUGAUCAGAUAAAAUGUAAUCCAA